CCACUCCAUAUUCUCUUAAUGAAAUGACAAUAUAUAUACAUGACACUGAACACAAGAAGGAGAAAUUUUCGAUCAACUAACUUGAGACGCUGAGAUGGGGUGGGGAAACAUUUACAUAAGACGCAUCAAAGUGUACAAGCUGGCUUUCAGAGUUUUCCUGGACUACAAGGUUGUACAGAUAAAAGCGAAAUGGAUUGAAAAAUCUAAAAGAGAUGGUUUAUGGGAGGAAGCUCAUAACCGAAAUGGUAAGCGUAUUGUGAAUCUGAUAACAGAGUUGAACGGUUUAUGGGUGAAACUUGGACAGUACUUAUCAGGGCGUGCCGAUGUGCUUCCGGUGGAGUACAUAACUCUUCUCAAACAAUUACAAGACUCACUUCCUCAACGUCCUGUACAAGAGGUGGUUCUUCUUCUACCUUUCAACUUAAACUUGCGUAGUAGAAGAUUAUGGAAGUCUCAAUUUGAUUUUGUUAGGCUAAUUUCUAUGAGCAGGCUGAAUACUGAAGGAUUAGAGAUUACUUGUUUGCCUAUAUUAUGA